AGGGGACCGCGGCUUUGGAGGAACCACAGCAGCCCAACACAGCUCUACUGGGGCCUUCCAUCUGCAGUGGAGUGUCCUAGUAACUGCAAAGGACCUAGAAGCCCUGAGAGGCCAAGAAAGCAGAAUGGACGCAAGGAAAGGAAAUCAGCUGACGCAGGAGCCGGAGUGAGACCCACACAGAUGUAGCCUGCACCAUGAAUUUGAGUCUACUUUCCAGGCAUUGAGAGGCAAGGGCAGGCGAAGUUGCUGGAGAGCAAUGGCCCUCUUCACUCCCUGGAAGUUGUCUUCUCAGAAGCUGGGAUUUUUCCUGGUGACUUUUGGUUUCAUUUGGGGGAUGAUGCUUCUGCAUUUUACCAUCCAGCAGAGAACUCAGCCUGAAAGCAGCUCCAUGCUACGGGAGCAGAUCUUGGACCUCAGCAAAAGGUAUAUCAAGGCACUGGCAGAAGAAAACAGGAAUGUGGUGGACGGGCCAUAUGCUGGUGUCAUGACAGCUUAUGAUCUGAAGAAAACACUUGCUGUGUUAUUGGAUAACAUUUUGCAGCGCAUCGGCAAGCUGGAGUCGAAGGUGGACAAUCUUGUUAUCAAUGGCACAGGAACAAACUUAACCAACUCCACCACAGCUGUUCCCAGUUUGGUAGCACUUGAGAAAAUUAAUGUGGCAGAUAUCAUUAAUGGAGCUCAAGAAAAAUGUGUAUUGCCUCCUAUGGAUGGCUACCCCCACUGCGAGGGGAAAAUCAAGUGGAUGAAAGAUAUGUGGCGUUCCGAUCCCUGCUACGCUGACUAUGGAGUGGAUGGGUCCACCUGCUCUUUUUUUAUUUACCUCAGUGAGGUUGAAAAUUGGUGUCCUCAUUUACCUUGGAGAGCAAAAAAUCCCUAUGAAGAAGCUGAUCAUAAUUCAUUGGCAGAAAUUCGUACGGAUUUUAAUAUUCUCUACAAUAUGAUGAAAAAGCAUGAAGAAUUCCGAUGGAUGAGGCUGCGGAUCCGACGAAUGGCUGAUGCUUGGAUCCAGGCAAUCAAGUCCCUGGCAGAAAAGCAAAAUCUUGAAAAGAGAAAGCGAAAGAAAGUCCUCGUUCACCUGGGACUCCUGACCAAGGAAUCUGGAUUCAAGAUCGCAGAGACCGCGUUCAGUGGUGGCCCUCUUGGUGAAUUAGUUCAAUGGAGUGAUUUAAUUACAUCUCUGUACUUACUGGGCCAUGACAUUCGGAUUUCAGCUUCACUGGCUGAGCUCAAGGAAAUUAUGAAGAAGGUUGUAGGGAACCGGUCUGGCUGCCCAACUGUAGGAGACAGAAUCGUUGAACUCAUUUAUAUUGAUAUUGUGGGACUUGCUCAGUUCAAGAAAACUCUGGGACCAUCUUGGGUUCAUUACCAGUGCAUGCUUCGAGUCCUGGAUUCAUUUGGCACCGAGCCAGAGUUUAAUCAUGCAAACUACGCCCAGUCCAAAGGCCACAAGACCCCCUGGGGAAAAUGGAAUCUGAACCCUCAGCAGUUCUACACCAUGUUCCCUCACACCCCAGACAACAGCUUUCUGGGAUUUGUGGUCGAGCAGCACCUGAACUCCAGCGACAUCCAUCACAUUAACGAAAUCAAAAGGCAGAACCAGUCCCUCGUGUAUGGCAAAGUGGAUAGCUUCUGGAAGAAUAAGAAGGUCUAUCUGGAUAUCAUUCACACAUACAUGGAAGUACAUGCAACUGUUUAUGGGUCCAGCACAAAGAACAUCCCUAGUUAUGUGGAGAAUCAUGGAAUCCUCAGUGGACGGGAUCUGCAGUUUCUUCUGCGAGAAACCAAGUUAUUUGUCGGACUUGGGUUUCCUUAUGAGGGUCCAGCUCCCCUGGAAGCUAUUGCAAAUGGAUGUGCUUUUCUGAAUCCCAAAUUCAACCCACCGAAAAGCAGCAAAAAUACUGAUUUUUUCAUUGGCAAGCCAACCUUAAGAGAGCUGACAUCCCAGCAUCCUUAUGCUGAAGUUUUCAUCGGCCGGCCACAUGUUUGGACUGUUGAUCUCAACAAUCAGGAGGAAGUAGAAGAUGCAGUGAAAGCAAUCUUAAAUCAGAAGAUUGAGCCCUACAUGCCGUAUGAAUUCACCUGCGAGGGGAUGCUGCAGCGGAUCAACGCAUUCAUUGAGAAGCAGGACUUCUGCCACGGGCAGGUGAUGUGGCCUCCACUGGGCGCCCUGCAGGUGAAGCUCACAGAGCCCGGGCAGUCGUGUAAGCAGGUGUGCCAGGAGAGCCAGCUCAUCUGCGAGCCAUCCUUCUUCCAGCAUCUCAACAAGGCCCAGGACUUACUGAAGUACGAGGUGAUCUGCCAGAGCUCAGAGCGGGCCAAAGACAUCCUGGUGCCCUCCAUCGAGCCCAAGAGCAAGCACUGUGUGUUCCAGGGGGACCUCCUGCUCUUCAGCUGCGCAGGCGCCCACCCCAGGCACCAGAGGAUCUGCCCCUGCCGGGACUACAUCAAGGGCCAGGUGGCCCUCUGUAAAGACUGCCUAUAGCGGCCCUGCUGGGCCCUGCUCACACUGCGCUGGGGCAGACAGCAGCUCUGUGGGGCAGGGCCAGGGGGCAGGCAGCAUUCAGGGACUCUGGCCAGAGCCCGAACUUCUUGGUUGAAGGUUUCGUUUGGUACUUCUCCCGCUGCGGGCAGCGUGUCCCAGGGGAGCUGUCACCAAAACAAAGUGAGAGCAGGUGUCAGGCCCGGAGCCUGGCUUCUCCCUGGUGCAGUAAGCAUCGUUUCUACUUUGUGCAGAGCAACUGCAGAGAGACUGUCAACGCAGCUGCUCGGGUAAAAAAAAAAAAAAAAAAGCAACGUCUCAAGAUUCAAUUAAAACAAAACAAGAGGAAUUGAGCUAAUUGGAGAGAACUUGGGAUGGGAACAUUCUUAAACCCAUUAACUUAUUUAUUUGGGAGGGAGGGCGGGGCAUUGGAGGGAGGAACGGAUAACAGGUCCUCUCUUUCCCAUGGUUAGUUGCUCACUUUCACAAUAUUAUUCCAUCUGCUUCAGGUGGGGUGCAGGCGGACUGAUGGCUUUGUGGGGGGCAGUUGGAGGGCAUGGCUUCUGGUGGUGGCAGGGCAGAAGAAAAGCUUUGAGAGCAGCCCAACUGUCCGGGUACUAUCAGAGAGCUGAAGGGCCCUGUGUGCUGGGCGCAGUUAGAAGCUAAGUGAGCCUUGGAGGGCUGAUUCUUUAGGCCCUGAGGAGCUGAGAUGUGGAUGGAAGUAAGUCUGAAGCGUUAGUUAGUGGGCCAAACGAAGCUGGGCCCCUGACAGAUGGGCUGGGAGGUCCCCACUAAUGUCUGACCUCACUGAAAUCCAGGCAGUGGGGAUCUUGGUGAGCUUGACAUCUGCGGGGGACCAGCAGGGGCAGCUCCUGGUGGAUGCUGUGUGGUCCACGCUGCCCACAAGAGGGUGUGACACUGGCUUUCCAGCUGAGGGGGGAUGCCUGUGGGCCUCUGCCCUCCACCUCUUGGAGCCUCACGCUUCGCCUUUGUAAGCUCUCACCUCCAACAAACCAUUGCUUCUGCAACACUGUGGCAAGCCUCCUUCUGCCAGGUUGGAGCUGAGACUCCGGCUGCCAGGGUGGGGUGCACGCCACACCUGCAGACUUGGGUCCCCAGCAUUCUGGCGGCGGGGAGGGCAGUGUUGGGAGCAAGGGAAGAAAGGAAUUCUGUUUUGUGAAGUCCAGCAAGAACACGGUCACUUGUAAGGCCGAGGAGUUAGAUCUGCCUGCCUGCUUCUUGGUUUCAGCCUGGUGCAUAAAUACUGUAACAGCAAGUGCACAGCCUUGCGCCACCCCCACCCACCAUCCUAGGAACCUUGCUCAGUGAGUUUGAACUGCAUCUCCCUCCUGAGAGAGGAGGCGGCCGGGGAGCGCAGCCAGGGUCUCCCCCCCUCUGGAGCCUUGAGCGCAUCUGACCUCUUCCCUGGGCUCGCACAGGCUCUUGCAGGACCUGGCUCAGAAUAGCCUCUACCGGACCCAGCAAGAGCGGAAAUGCAGAGGAAGUGUGUUUAAUUUCUUAAAACUCGGCCGGGGCAACUUCCUAUCAUAGGAGGGGAGAGCACUGGUAGCCUCACUUAUAGGGGGGCAGGAGGGCUUUUCCCCUUGAGUGCGCCCCACUGUUGCACCCCAGUGUGCUGCCUUUGAGGUUCCAGGGCCGCAGUUCCUGGGCUAGCUCCGCCCCCUGCUGACCUCUUGCCGAAUUUCACACGCUGCCAGUGCAGACAUUUGACCAGCAGGGGGCAGGUGCGAGCCAAGACUUGCUGCUUGUUAACCCACUGUUUAAACAAGCACAGGAGUUCAGAAAGUGAAACCUGGACAACAUUGUUAGCCCUGCCUGCGGAAGCUGAAUCUGCAUGGAUGUUGGCUGCUGUUGCUGAGCUCAGGGCCCCUGCACCUUCCUGUUCCCCAAGGCUAGGCAGCUCAGAAGAGCACUUUCUCCCAUUUAAAAAGUCCCUCUUCCCCCAGCCCAUCCGUAGCUGUAAGUGCACAAGAGAUCUACUGCGAGGCCACUCCAGCCCACCUUCCGUUGUUAAAGGCGUGGUUAGUGGACAUGGGGAAUGAGCACCAGCUUCCAGGCUUCCUCCGGCGCUGCCAGGUUCGGUCAGGGGCCCUCCAGAGGAAACCUAGGCGGGAGAGUCCCAGCUCCCCAGAAUGGAAAAGACAGGAAGGUGCUUUGUCAGUGUGGGCUGGAAGCCUGCAGCAGUUUUGCUAUUGCUGAUUUUUAUAGAAACUUAGUCAACUUGUCAUUGAUGACUAUUCCACAGGGAGAGAAAUCUGAACUAGAAUCACUUUUCCUGUGCUAUAAUCACAUCCAAUCUUGUCCUUCAGAUUAUCUUUCCUCUUGUGGUCUUGAACUUGAGGGGGGAAAAUUUUAUCUAAUUUAUUAAGAAAAAACUUUCCUUCGUAAGGUAAGAACUUUCGCGGAGUAAAAACUCCUGAAAGGGCAAACACUUCUUUGAAUGCCAGUAAACACCUCAUUUAUUUCAUGUAUGCAACUUGAUUUGCACAUGUAAAAAUGGAGACGCUCUUUGCAUUUUUGCUUUUUGUUCUUGUCUCGGCUUAUCACUGUUCGCUUUCCGUGUUUGCUGUGUGUUUGGAAAUAGUCGAAUCUGUUUCUUUGGUGGUAUUCGUUUUCCUGAUGUGCCUUUUCACUUUUCUUUGGGCUUGGUCUUUGGAAGCUGGGUGCUACUGCAGGAUGACAGCAAGCUGCUCCUGCUGGGACAGGUGUGGGGUGGGCGUGGACGUUCAUGCUGGGCCCAGGACCACCGCAGUCCCAGGGGAGGACUCAAAGCUGUGAGGAUGCCGAGAAAAGGGCUGGCUUCCCAGGGGGCUGUACCUGGGGGUCUGUCUUGGAGUUGCUGGCUGCCUCGGUGCUGAUGGCGCGGGCAGGUCUGAGCUCCCUGCCACCCACACUUGUGGAAGCCUGCAAAGGCAGAAGGUCGGCCUCAUGCAAGGGGCUGCUCCGAGCUUCCCAGAGGAAUGGCCAGAAAUACUCCAACUGGGCGACAUCAUGAAAAGGAAAGGACCCUCUCUGAGUCUUCUGUACAAGUGCAGGGUUUAGUAAAUGUAAGGCGUUUCCCCCUUGGUAGUAGAGCCCCAGUGCUUCUCAGUGCUAAGUGAAGAUGACCAUGUGCAGGGUUCGACUGAGGAAAUUAGUGUGUAUAAAUGAGUGUGUGCUUUUCAGACCAGACCAAGGUGGAUUACCUAGAUUGUGUGUAUAAUUAAACACUGCUUCCCUCUCCCAGGCCCACAAAUUAUUGAUUUUCAGAAAGAGAUUCUAUUUUAACGACAGGCUCUUCUGUAUUACUAGGCCAAGCCUGGAUUGUUUUAUUUAUUUGAAAAUGUUUUAGUUUCCACAUUGGUUUUAUCCUAAUCCCAUCUAUCCCAGUAGGGCCCCAGAGCAUCUUCAUGUGACUAGGUGAGUAGAUUUAAGUAGGUUCAUACUCAUUUCGGAAGCUGGCAGUUUUGUAAAUCUGAGUGUGAGUUUCUUUCAUUCUUAUUGGCUUCAACAAGUGGAACAUCAAGUUUUCACGAAUAGCAAAAGACCAAAUUAGCUGUAUAAUCUUGUUUACUGGGGAAAAGAUUACCCAAGCUUUCCUAGCACUUACGAUUUUGUGAGGCGUCCGUAUUUAGUACAGUGCCUGGCGCAUAGUAAGCCCUAGUAAAUGUUAAAUAUUGUUGUUAUUAGCAUUUCAUAAAACCUGAAAAAUACAGAGCUGAGCUCAUUCCUUGUUACUCAGAAGUAAUACCUACAUAGCAAGUUGACGACCCGUGUAGGAAUUACUGGUUUGGAGUGUGCAAGUUCUGCAUCUUGCCUGCUAGUUGAAAUUUUUCUGUGUUCCUGGAUGCACUGAGUUGUUUGAAAAUAUGUCAGACUUCAGCUCCCAGUGAAACAAGGCUGUAAGCAUUUACUAACUAGAGAUGAACGGUGUAAAGGUGAUGUUUGGCCACUUAACCUUACCCCAUGGAUAGCUUCUGGAACAUUCCAGGGCUUUGGUUUGAUGAUCUUUUUUGAGCGUGAAGUUAAAAGUCCUUUGACAGACUGCAGCCCAAGAAUUAAAGUUCACCUUAUUCGUCUCCUGUGCAAUCACAGAGGCUGUUUGUGUUUCUGAAGAGGAGGAAUGACACUUAGAGCUGAAACAUUCCUGGAAAUUCCUUUGCUGCCCCCUGCUGGCCAGAGUGGGCUCUUAAAGGCUGGUUACCUCUCCUGUUUGUAUCAGUUAAAGGUUAAUUCCUAAAAACUCUGGGCGACUGAGGCAAGAGGAUCACAAGUUCAAGUUCAGCUUAGGGAAUUUUGCAAGAUCCUGUCACAAUAAAAUGGUCUAGGGAGGUAGCUCAGUACAAAGGCCUGGGCACAAUCCCCAGUACCAAAAAAAGAAAGAAAAGUUCUAUAUCCUAGUCCCAAAGAAAACCUACUUCCCCAGGGUAACCAGUUGAGGCACCAGAGAAGGGAUUUGGGCCUCUUUCCAAACAGCUUUCAGAAGAUGCUUGUGGCUCAAUGAUGCUUUCCAGAAUCUCUUAAAUAUCAGUCUGCCUGUCUCAGUGGGGAUUGGCCUCUCAUACUCCCCUAGUGGAUUUAAAGUUUUAUCUCCUGCCCCAUGUUGGCACAACUCUGGUCAGAUCAUAUUUGUGGAAAUGGGGAGUUUUUGGAGUUCAGUGUCCUUUUUAGAUUCCUUUGGUGUCUUCAGCUGAUCAGCAGUCCUAGAAUCCUAUAGAUGUAAUGAUUGGAAUUCGCCUUCACAGCCUCACUCUACUCCAGAUUUUGUGCCACCUUGAGGCUGACCCCACAGUGGGGAAGUCUGCUUAUCCUGUGGUCAGGGACAGUGUCUGAAGCAGGCUGGGCAAUGGGCACACAGAGCACUGAGGUGAUCCAGGGCAGCAGGUCAGGAUCUCGGGAUGGCCUGUCACCUCCCCCAGCACUGAGGUAGAGCAAAUGCCGCGCAUUCUGCUCCCUGACCUGCCCAGGUGUUCCCGAGACUGCGGGGUAACAGUUGAUGCCAAAGGAGGUGGUUACGUCCCUUCCACUGGAAUUGCCGUUACGAUCCUGACAUUGUUAAUAGCCGUUUGUGUCUGUGUCUUUGAAACAAAUUCUGGUCCAGCCGUUUUCUACUGUGUACUUCUGGGGUUCCGCCCUACGGGAGUCUGCAACUGAGGUGUCGCUGUCCAAAUGUACUGUACUGGCAUAGAGAGCGCGGCUUUGUUUUCCACUGUUGUAGAGAAAACUAGGGAGAACUUUAUUUUUCAAUAAACUUUUCUUGUGUGA